AUGUCUGGAAAAUCUAUAUAUAUGCAUGAAACGCAAACCAAACCAACUCCAAUGUUGCGCAUCUCUUUGUACAACGAAAAGUUGAAUCCACUUUGUUUCUCUUGGGUCUUCAUUCUUCUUCUUCUUCCCACAACUUUUCAUGGAGUUCACGGUGCAGCUGAUCCUAAUCUAAUAAGUAAUGUCUGCAAGAAGUCAGUGGCAGAUCAUCACGGACAACUAAAGUAUGAUUUCUGCGUAUCAUCUCUGAAAGCCGAUCCUAAAAGUAAAACUUAUGACAUUUUCGAUCUUGGUUAUUUAUCAUAUAAUAAUACUUUAAAGAAAGCGAUUUUGAUUAAAUCGUACAUCCAACAUCUUUUGAAGGAUGGUAAACAAAGUCCAGAUGUUAUGGUUCGUUUGAAAGAGUGUGCGAAGAGUGACUAUUGGGAUACUGAUAUAAAUAUGGAAGGUGCAAUUGAGGCCUUCCUUAGUGCAGAUUUUCCAACUGCCGGUAUUUAUGUGGAUUUUGUCUCUAGCUCCAAGAAAGAAUGUCAGAGUCGGUUUGAUGGUGGAAUCAUUUCUCCAUUGACGAAAUUAGAGAAUGAAUUCGCUCAACUUAUUUCUAUCGCAUUUACGCUUACUGAUAUGAAUACGCCCAUCGACGACUAG